AUGGGUCGUCUAAAGCAGAAGGGUAAGGCAGGUGCUGCUAAAAAUUAUGUUACUCGUACUUCUGCCAUCAAGAAGCUGCAAUGUUCACUGGCUGAUUUUCGCCGUCUAUGCAUUCUGAAAGGGAUAUUCCCUCGCGAACCACGAAGCCGGAAGCGUGCAAACAAAGGGUCUUCAGCCCCAACGUCCUUCUACUAUGCGAAAGAUAUUGCUUAUCUUGCUCAUGAGCCGGUCUUAAAGAAGCUACGAGAACACAAGGCAUUUGCGAAAAAGCUCUCUCGGGCUCUUGGACGGGGGGAAUGGAGUAGCGCUAAGAAUUUGGAAGAAAACAAACCUAUAUAUCGUCUCGAUCAUAUCAUUAAAGAACGCUAUCCAACAUUUAUCGAUGCUGUGCGAGAUAUAGAUGACGCGCUCUGCAUGGUUUUUCUCUUUGCCUCCCUCCCAACAACUACGCGCCUUCCACCAGAACUCAUGGAGAACUGUUCCCGACUUGCGGCAGAAUGGCAGUUGUACAUCAUGCGAUCGCAAUCACUUCGCAAAGUCUUUCUUUCGAUCAAAGGCGUUUACUACCAAGCAGAAAUCAUGGAUCAGACCGUCACAUGGCUGGUGCCCUACCAGUUUACCCAAAACAUCCCGGCGGAUGUAGACGUUCGUGUAAUGCUAACCUUCCUGGAAUUAUAUCAGACACUCCUCGGCUUCAUACUGUUCAAACUUUACACUGAUGCGGGUCUUGUCUACCCCCCUCCACUGGAUGCAAAAAAGGAUGAAAGUGCUGCUGGUAUCGGCGCGUUUAGCCUUCAGGACAUCACUCAGCCUGCUGCUCAACCUUCGAGGGCCAAGGCGGUGGAACUCGACGGACGAAAAAUCUCAACAAAAGAUGUUCGCCAAACUAUCAAAAAUAUCGAAGCGUCGCAUAGUACGCAUGACCCAGAUGUGGAAAUGUCAAAUCCAGAAACGGCAACAACAGAAGUUGAAGAGGAAUUUAUUUCCCAAGCCUCGCUAUCCAACCCAGGGUUAAUAUCAUCAUUACCACAGUCCCUUUCAACUUCGCUCUUCUCGCCAUAUACCUUUUUCCUAUCAAGGGAAGUGUCUCGGCCAAUCUUCGAGUUCAUGGUACGGAGUUUCGGUGGAAAAAUAGGUUGGUCUGCCUCGUUUGGCAGCGGAUCCCCUUUUGAGGAGACUGAUGAGACAAUCACUCAUGUCAUCAUCGAUAGACCAUUGGUGGGGCGAGAAGAAUCACCUUCUCAGCGCGAAUUGAGACUUCGUAGGAAGUAUGUUCAGCCCCAGUGGAUAGUUGACUGCAUAAAUUCUGGCAAGAUUUUGCUUGAGGGGCCUUAUGGCCAAGGCAAAACGCUACCACCACAUCUUAGCCCAUUUGGCGAGUAUGAAGGCGCGUACGAUCCCGCUGCCGGCCCUCUAGGGCCUUCCGGUGUGGAGCAAGAAUCAGAAUCAGAGGCCGAUGAGGUUAGCGAAGAAGAUGAAGAGGAUCAAGGUGGUCUUGUCCAAGCGGCCGUGGAGGCUGUGACCGGGGACCCCGUUGAGCUCCGAGCAGCUGAACUGGCGGCAGAAGCGGCUGGCGUUGAUUACGGGACGUUUGAAGCCAAGGUCAAGAAAUUGAAUAAGAAACAGAUGAAGAAACCUAUCACGGAUGGCGUCGAAGAUGGAGAGAAGGACAUGAACAAAAUGAUGAUGAGCAACAAGCAAAAGAAACUGUACGAGAAGAUGAAGUACAGCCAGAAGAAAAAGGAGAUUGAGGUAAGUAAAUUCGGUAUAAGUUUAGACGCGGUACUUACGUCUUCCAUAGCGGGUGACACUGACUACUAG